UUGGGCUUCUCGGGCUCCUGUAGGAGGUUCCCUUUCCCCUGUCUCUUUCUCCGUACAGUCACAGCAUGGAUCCUCUCUCCAACUUUAUCUCGGUGUUUUUGUGUUAGUUCCGUGCUGCUUUUGGGAUUAAUGGUCUUCGACUGGGUUCCGUAACUCGUCUGUACGCCAUGUUUACCACCACCGGCUCUCGGGGCCUCUACAAGGCUCCUCUGUCUAAAGGCCUCCUGCUGGUUCUCAAUGGGCUGACUGUGAUGCUCACCCUGCUGCCACAGUACCAAGAGGUGUUCGUGUACAACCUGCAGGCUUUCACACAGCAGCACCAGGUAUCUCCCAACCAAGCAGCGAGACUCCCGUGGGGAUGGGUGCCACUCUGGACAUCCAGAGGCAACAAAGGAUGGACAUGCUCGACCAACAGCUGCUGCUGGCCCAGUACAACGAGGCCAGGAGGAACACCAGACCCCAGUCACAGUCUGGGUUGUUACAGUGGACCAGGUUGUUCCCCUCCCUGAGACACAGAGGACAGAACAGACCCCCGAUGCAGCCCCACCCCCAAGCUCAGACACCCCCAUCCACACAGCCUCCUCUAUUAGACAACUCUCCUGUCGCAGAGGAGCAGGUUGCACGGUUGGUGGAAAUGGGCUUUUCCAGGAUUGAUGCACUCGAAGCUCUCAGAGCUUCAAACAAUGAUAUCAACAUGGCAACCAAUUUCCUCUUGCAACACUGAGAGAGAGAGAAAGAGCUCAGUUAAAAAAAACAGAGGUGAAUGAGGACAGAGAGAGAAAACAGGAAGAGCAGAGCAACCAAAGCAGAGGAGCCAAAAGCGAAACGGAGAGGAAAUGUCGGACAGAACGAAACCGUGAACGAUGGAGACAAACGAUAUUUGUACAGAUGAUCUGAAGGCUGUGUCACUGCUCCCUGAAGCAGUGUUGGGGCUGACCCUAUCUGAACUGAACCUGAUAGCAGGCUGAUUAAUGAAGAAGUGUGAAGCACAAAGUAGGAGACAUUUGCGUCAUAGCUUUCUGAUGGCCGUUGUCGUGUGAAACAGGCGUCAUUGCUCAAGGCAGACGAGUUAGACCUCUGAGUCCAAGGGGGAUCCCUUGAAAAAUACACAGAAAACAAACAGGUCAGAGCUUUCCACACAGUACAUCUUAAAAAAAAACAAAAAAAAACCCAAGUCUUCAAUCCAGUAGAGGAGAUAUAAAGUGGGUUACUUCUUAAAAACAGAACGGAUGCUGAAGAACACAAAUCGGCUGAGAUCCCACACACCCUCCACAUGGAUACCAACGUAUAGCUUUGUGAAAUAGAGUUUUAUAUAACCCGCUGUUAUGUACUGCCACUCUACUUCCAAAAUGGCUACUGUGAAACCAGCAUCUUAGAUUCUGGUUAGAUUUAAGUAAAAGAUGGAAAAAACGGAUAAAGCUAAAGGUGAACAAGGUUUUUCACACAAUGGGUCAGAUAACGUUAUGUCAUCAAUCAGGUUUCAAUCUUAUAUUGGAAAAGUCUGAAACAAUAGGAGUGAAAACAGGCACGCAGCACCUGCUAGACGAUUAUAUUUAACUCCACGAGGAGGUGCAAAGGUCACGAUGUCAACUUCAAAAUUUAUGAUUAAAGAAUCCCCGAACAAAAUAACCUGGGAUAUCAUGAUUUUAUUACACAGUUGCUCUCUAUUUAUGUUGGCAGUGUUUGAUGGAAGUAGCAGGGCUCAACCCUUUCCGGCUUGAGAUGUUUUAACAAAGCGGUUAGCCUGAUUGACAGCUACUGUAGGAGCCAAAAUUCUUCCGAGCUGAUUGGUUUGGCCCAUUGGAAACUCUACAUUGUUGGUGACAGAUGGAGGUGUUUGGCAGGAAAUGGGCUAGAUUGGAUAUCUCAGGGUCUGGUAAUGACAUAAUCACAUUUACAGACAUGAGUACACAUACACACAUGCACAGUAGCCCUUCAAGUAGGGCAUUUCUCACAUUUCAUGCUCUCAAAUGCAUAUGGUGACACUUCUCAACAUUUAAUUUAUUCUGUCUUAACUGAGUUUGGGUCUUUGCUCUGCCAGCACACUGAAUCAUUGCAAGUCUUAAAAGACUGAUGAUAUUUAUUAUGCAAUAUCAUGAUGAGAAAUGUAUGGAGACUAUGCACUGCAUAGUACCUACUUUGUGUGUGUAUAAAUGUGCAAAACUAUUGUCCAAGAGAAGUAAUAUUGCAGCCACUAUGUAUUGAUGUCAAAGACAGAUGCUAGUUUUAUAUUUUGUGCAUAAUAAUAAUAUUGAUAAUAUUUGACCACUGAGAUGAUCAUUUGUGUGUAUGUAUUUUUCAGAGUGAUAUAAUAGAAUAUGGGUGUGAUGAGGGAGUUGUUGCAUGGACGACUCUCUGAUGAACUGUAAUGAAUCAUUUGGUCUGUGGAAUAAAUCAACUUGCUGACUAAAUUAUUUGCAUCA